GAAUAAACCUUUUUUGAUUAAUGGGAGAUUACAUAAAAGCCUUAAUUGAAACUUAAGUAAUUGGAGCAUUCAGAGUGGCAUUAACAAUGCCUUUAGAACAUGUACUUGAUAGAAUAAAGACCUAUAAGUAAUCUAAGCAAGGAAUAACUUAUAUAUAAGUAUAAUAAUGAUUAAAGAGUAUAGAGUUAUUUGGAUAUAAAAGGAGCAAGAGGAUUGAUUGGAUUAUAUGAUGGGUUUUAUCCAAGCUUUUUGAGAAAUAUGGUGAAAUAAUAUUAUAGAUGGCCUAUGAUGAUUUUCAUUCCUUCAAUGUUGAAUGAUCAUAUCCAUAAUUAAUCAAUAAAUAAAAUAAUUACAGGGGCUUCGAUUGGAUUAUUUGAGAGUUGCAUUAUAACCCCAUUUGAGAGAUUGAAAACAUUAAAGAUGACUUCGAUGGCUACAGGAUUUGGAUAUCUUAAAUAUAUAACUUUAGAAUCUAUAUAUGUAGGAUUUAGAAUUUAAACAACAAGAUAAGUUGUUUCAUGGACAAACUAUUUAUAUUGGGAUCAUAAAGUUCGUUAUGCAUUAAAAGCAGAACCUGGAUAACCACUUUCAUUAGUUAAUUCAUUAAUUGCAUCAUCUUUGAGUAGUAUUCUUAACAUUAUAGCAGGUAAUAAUAAUCUUAUAUAUUAGUUCAUCCAUUUGAUACCAUUAAAACUUUAGUCUAAAUGGAAGGAAACUAAAAUUAUAGAAAAAUCUCUUUGUAUUAAUCUUUUAAGAUUGUUUAUCAAAAUUAUGGUCUUAGAGGUUUAUAUGCAGGAUGGUAAGCUAGAAUUAUAGCUUAUUUUUGUCAAGCUCUUCUUACAACUCCAACUAUAGAUUAUUUAGAAAGAAAUUAUGGGAUUUCUAAAACUAAAAAAUAAUUAUGAUGAGA